CUUUCUAACCAACUUCCAAGGCCCGACACCUCGCCACCGCUCCCCACCCCACCCAAUUCCCGAGGUUGCAACGCGGCAGCCUGCGAGGAUCGGACGAACCAGUCCAUCGGAUAAAUCCUAACUGAGUUCUCUGCUACAUCGAUCUAUAUUGCGACGGCACUGCAAGAAUCAUGCAGUGCCCGAUGGAUGCAGCUGCUAGUGGAACCUCACCAGUGAUGCAAUUCGACAGCAUUGCUGAUGAGUCAACCUCCCAUUCAUCUCCAAUGCGAACAGUACUAGAACGCUCACAGCGCCAUUGCUAUGGGGAUGGAAUCCCAGGCGAAUUCCCCCUUGCUGUGAGCCCCUCCAUUGUCCUCCAUGUGCUCUCGGCCUGUGAUCUGGAGCCGAAAGAUCUCGCCGCUCUGGAGGCUACAUGUACAUUUUUCUGUAAACCUGCACAUUUUGCACCAAACUUUGCGUUGUCGCUUCCAGAGCUUGCAGCAUUUGAUAUGUGCCAGAAAAGGACCAUGAUUAAGCUGAUGAAGCAAGAAGAAAAGGAGUAUCUGAAACAAUGUUGUGGAGGCUCUUGGAAGCUUGUUCUUAGGUACAUUUUGAUUAGAGAGAAGAAUGGUUCUCAGGUGAUUGCCGGGCCAGGCCAUAGUAUUGUUAUCACCACAAAUGGAGAUGUAUACUCAUUUGGGGCCAACUGCUCUGGUCAGCUUGGCCUUGCGGAUACAGAGGACCGAUACAAGCCAUGUCUUAUUAGGUCUCUGCAAGGCAUAAGAAUCAUACAAGCUGCAGUUGGAUCUAGACGGACAAUGCUUGUCAGUGACACAGGAAGUGUCUAUGCAUUUGGCAAGGAUAGUUUUCGAGGGGCUGAAUCCGUUGAGGCUGCUCAUACUAGUCAGAUUACAACUCCUAAGAUAAUGGAGUCACUGAAGGGUGUGUUUGUAGUUCAAGCAGCCAUAGGGGGUUACUUCUCUGCAGUUCUGUCUAGAGAGGGUCAAGUCUACACUUUCUCAUGGGGGCAAACCGAGAGGCUUGGACAUAGUUCAGAUCCUUCAGAUGUGGUGCCUCGUCUUCUCUCUGGACUUGAGGAUAUUCCUGUUGCGCAUAUUUCCGCGGGAAAUUGCUAUCUCCUUAUGUUGGCCUACCAGCCGAACGGAAUGUCUGUGUAUUCUGUAGGUUGUGGUUUAGGAGGCAAGCUUGGGCAUGGAUGCAGAAGUAAUAAGGGCAUCCCCAAGCUGAUUGAACAUUUUCAGUCCUUGAGCUUUAAGCCGGUUUCGAUUGCAGCUGGCACUUGGCAUGCUGCAGUCCUAGGUGAUGACGGGCGUGUGUGCACCUGGGGGUGGGGCUACAAAGGUUGUUUGGGACAUGGUGAUGAGGAACACAGGGCAGUCCCCACAGUAGUAGAAGGGUUGAGCAAGGUGAAGGCUGUUCAUCUGUCCACUGGUGAAUACACCACCUUUGUCGUCGCAGAUAAUGGGGACGUGUACUCCUUUGGAUCCGGUUUACAGGAGGACGAUGAAGCGGAGAAUCCAGAUUUCUCGACCCCAACCUUAGUUGAUUCUCUCAAGGCGUUGAACAGGAAGGUCGUGCAGAUCAGCCCCGCGAACGGCUCCUACUGGCUUCACUCGGACAUGGGGCACUCGCACACGUUCGCGCUGACGGAAUCCGGCAGCCUGUACGCGUUUGGAGGAGGGAUCAGAGGCCAGCUCGGCGUGAAGCUUGUCGAGGGUCUAGAAGGAGUGAGCAUCCCAAUGCAUGUUCCCAUCGAUCUCGACUAGUUCUUACGAUGGCACCUUCAGAGCAUUGGUAAGCGUGCAGCUCAUGGAAGGGUGUAAAUAUUAGGGAGACUUUGUGUUGGUUUAUCUGAACUAUUUUGAGGCAAGAAGAAAGUUCUUGGUGGUACGUGGAUGCCUAUUUCUGGAUUA